AUGACGAACAGUUCGUUCUGUCCAGUUUACAGAAAUCGGGAGCCAUUCUCCUAUUUUUUUUAUUUAGUUUUCCUUGUUGGAAUUAUUGGAACUUGUUUUGCAACUUGGGCUUUCGUACAGAAAAACACACAUCACAGGUGUGUGAGCAUAUACUUAAUUAAUCUGCUUACAGCCGAUUUCCUGCUCACUCUGGCAUUACCAGUGAAAAUUGUUGUUGACCUGGGUGUGGCAUCCUGGAAGCUGAAGAUAUUCCACUGCCAAGUAACAGCCUGCCUCAUGUACAUCAACAUGUACUUGUCAAUUAUCUUCUUAGCAUUCGUCAGCAUUGAUCGAUGUCUCCAGCUGACACACAGCUACAAGAUGUUUCGGAUACAAGAACCUGGAUUUGCCAAAAUGAUAUCAACUGUUGUGUGGCUGAUGGUCCUGCUUAUAAUGGUGCCAAACAUGAUCAUUCCCAUCAACCACAUCGAGGAAAAGCCUGGUUUGGGUUGUGUGGACAUUAAAAAGGAUUUUGGAAAAAAUUGGCAUUUGCUGACAAAUUUCAUAUGUGUAGCAAUAUUUUUAAACUUCUCAGCCAUUAUUCUAAUAUCGAAUUGCCUUGUCAUUCGAAAACUCUACAGAAACAAAGAUAAUGAAAACUAUCCAAAUGUGAAAAAGGCUCUCAUCAACAUACUUAUAGUGACUUUGGGCUAUUUCAUAUGCUUUGUUCCUUAUCACAUCGUCAGAAUCCCGUACACCCUCAGCCAGACAGAAGUCGUAUCUGACUGCCCCACCAGGAUUUCUCUCUACAAAGCUAAAGAGGCCACGCUGCUCCUGGCUGUGUCCAACCUGUGCUUUGAUCCUAUCCUGUACUACCUACCACCUCUCCAAGGCAUUCCGCUCCAAGGUCACUGAAACUUUUACCUCAUCUAAGGAGACCAAUGCAAAGAAGGAAAAGCCAGGAUGUGAAAAUGAUGUAUAAAAAAAUGCAGGACAGCUCACGCUUAACACCUUUUGCCUUACUGGAUCAUAAAGCUACUUACAAUUUUAAAAGUGAAAAAAAAAAAAAAAAACUCAGUAAGAAAAAAUAUAGACAGCUAACAAACACCGACUGGUUUGCUUAAAAAUCCUGUUUCUAAAUGCAAGCCAAGCCUAUACUCUUAUGGGAAUUGGUACUACUGAACCCACAACUACUGCAUUUACACAAAAACUAGAGUCUUAAUGAACCAAUGUAAAAUUUGCAAUAUUCUUGAGAUCCAAAAGAGAGGUCUGUGACAUAGACCCAGAGGUAUUCAUGACGUACUCAUUUAAAUGCCUGGAUCUGA